GGAGCAGAAAAUGAUCGAAAGCCGGCCGCAGCGAUAGAUGCUGCUCCCGAACCAGUGAGGAAAAAGGAUUCACAGGAGCCGAAGCAGGAACAGUCUUUGUUGGAGGUUCAACAGAGGAAAAGGAAUAUGCCAUUUAAUUCGUCUGUGUUCAGCAUAAGAAAAAAUCGGUCUCUACCCGAUUUGCACUCUAUUGCCGACCAAAAAAGUGGUUAUCAUUCAGAUGUUGAAGGAAAACCUGUAAAGGAGACUCCAAGAAAAUUAUCAACACGCUCCCUACGACAUUCGAAAUCGCAAGCGUUUGACAAGUCAUUGAAGCGUGAAAGGGAGGUGGAAAGUAUAGCUGUACCCACGAAAGCUCCAACCCAGCGACGAAAGAAAAGCCGUGUUGCUUUUCAGCCAAUCAGUAUCAAAAUAGAGAACGAAUCCUCAGAUUCUGAAUGUUCAUCAGUUUCGUCAAGCCCUGCACAUUCACUGCUCGAUUCACGGGAUGUAGACCGGAUAGCCGACGGUGCCUUGUCAGAUUCUGAAGUCGAUCGACAUCGAAAUACUCCAGAGCCUCAUGCGAGCGAAGUGACGGACUGGAAAUGGGGUCAGCUUCCUGAAACCAGGGAGAAUAAACUUAAACAAGAACAGAGCAAGGCUGAAAAUACAUUGAAGCCUAAGGGUGAGUCGUCGGGCUGGACGUGGUUCCCAUGGGGCCAUCGUUCGUCUCCUGCACCUGCACCUCCAGCAGAGGAAGGAAUUUCAUUAGACGAAUUGUUCAGUCCGGAUGCUGCAUCAGAUCCUUCAAAGAUAGCUAAAUAUCUGGGGAAGGCCAGUAGGCAGUUAGGGCAUCGACAGGAGGGUCGCGGAUGCACGCAUCCCGUGGAACCUCCCAACCAUCGAGCCCUACUGCCCGAUCGGAUGAUUCUAACUUCGCAGAUAAGACUCCGACGCAGGGAAGGCGAUCGAGUCGAGAGAGUCACACGAGAGAGUGCGGUGCGAGAGCUCGACGCCUAG